CCCACACCUUUUGAGAGAAUGGCCAGUUCUUUACUCAAGCUUGCAGCCAUUCUCUCCCUAGUCUUUUCCAUCCUUCUAGCCUUGAACACUCAGAUAACCUUAUCAUCCGAUAUAGAAGACGAUGAUGACGAGUAUGUUCUUGACACCCCACCAGAAGAUUUCAGGUCAAGAAGCCGGUUCUUGGCAAGUGUGAUAAAGAAAGGUACACGAUGCAACGCUGAGCGUAAUAACAUUUGUAAUGGCGUUUCAGCUAACAAGGGCACGGGCCUCCUUUAUUGUUGCAAGAAACAUUGCCGGAAUGUUCGUGGAGACAGGAACAACUGUGGAAUAUGUGGUAACAAGUGCAAAUUUGGAGAGUCUUGCUGCAAUGGAAGAUGUACAAAUAUCAUUUUCAACGUUAAUCAUUGUGGAAAGUGCAACAAGAAGUGUGCUCCGGGGGUUAGAUGCCAGUAUGGAACAUGUGGGUAUGCUUAAAUGUAUUUAAUGGUACAAGCACAAGUGAUU